UAGUUUUAUCUUAGUACUGCUGAAUGGAUUGGAUGAAUGAUUACGGUUAGGUUAUUUCCUUACGAGUGAAAAAUUUCGAGCAUUUGUGCCUUUCAACGACGUCUAAGCGAACAAAAAUGGCGGCCACGGGUUCUUUUACUAUUGAUUUCGCUCGAGGAUGGCGCUCUUUUGAUGGAAACGUGGCUUAGUCGCUGGAAUGUUAAAAAGAUGUUAGGUCAUUUCAUAGUAGGUUCGAAUGACUGAGUUUUGUUGAGCAGUGGUAAUAUCUUCGGGGUGGAUUGUAAGCUGUAGCGGUUUGAAAUUUAUGAAUGAAUAAUUAUGGACCUCGAACGCCUUUGAACGCGCACGUUGCUUCGUUUUGUUUAACCUUCGGGAUAUCGAAUCUUUUCGGGACUCUAAGUCAGCGCCAGAAAGUGGACGAUUUGAGUUUAAGUUCUUCAUUUGACUUGAAUUUUAUUGGAAGUUUUAUGAGUUAUGCCUAUAUUACCUAGGUGAUCGGACAAGCAAAGUCGACUUAGACAGAGAUUAAACAAGAAAAUUCCGGUUUCGUUUCAAACGUUGCUUUGUUAUUGGAGUUUUAUGCAUCUCCCAGACAUUUAUAUGACAAACUUGUGAUGAGAAGCUGUCUGUUUUAACUUAAUCGAUCAUUUCAAGAACUUUACUUGGAUAGAAAUAAAUAAUAUAGAUACAUCGAUAAAAUAAGUAUCUGAGUUAAAAAUAGUAAUUUCCUCGAUAGAUGAUGUUGCAAUUUACACAGGUGGAUUUGCGAAUUCAAGGGCACAUUGACAGUGAGGGAGGGCAAGACACUAAGUAGUCUGAAAACAAACCAUGGAUGCUGAUUUGGAUGGAAUGAUCAAAGGAGAAAAGGAAGUUCAAUUAGAAGAACCCAGUGAUCUGGCACCUGUAGCUGUCAGUCACAUCGCUGGUCAACCAAUCAAUUCCACAGAGCAAGAAGUGAUUGGUCUUCUGUUAGCACAACAGCAAGUUUUUACAAGUCCCAGUAAACUUGAGCCAUCAAGUGUCUAUGCAAACCAAUCAUCUGUUCCAAGUGCUGUAGCUGUGGUAACUGGUGAUGUGUUACAACCACAUGACACUGAAAACAAAGCUAUUGUCAUUAGCGAAGACACAGAUGUUGAAGUAAAAGAUACAGACUCAAUUCUAGUUGCUCAACAAGGAGAACAAGAUGCUGCUACAGCCACCAUUAUGGCCUCUGUGGAACAACAAGAUGGUAAUGAAGGCUAUCAGUCUGUCCAGACCAGCUUGGCACCAGGUGACCUUGUCCAAUCGGCUGUAGUAGUGAGUUCAACUCCAGGUGGAACGGUGUUUCUAGAACCACAGGCUGUGACCCUGACUGAACUUCCUGGUGGGACUGUGCAAACUCUCCCUGCCGGAAGCACUUUUGAAGCAACUUAUGUUCAUCAGAGCAGUGACGGAACUAGUUAUGUCAUCACUUCAGAACCCACAUCCUUCGAUACUAACUCCUCAGUCUCUAUGACAACAAUUUCUGAGUCAAACCCAUCCAUGGUGAGCACAACUGAGACGGUAGACCCAACAGGAAUUCCUCUAGAACAGUUUGCUGCACAUCACACCCAUCAGGUUGAUCACGAAGAUCAUUCAACGCUGUAUGUGCUUCAAGAUGAUUCUGGUAACCAGGAUCAGGAGGCAGCAGCCAAGAAGAUUUACCACUGCGGAAUGGAUGGGUGUAGCAAGCAAUUCUCCACGUCAUACCGGCUGAAGGCUCAUGGGCGGAGUCACACGGGAGACACGUUCAGGUGUGAAGAAGAAGGCUGCGAGAAGGCCUUUAUCACUCAGAGUGACUUGACCAAGCAUGUAAGAACUCACUCAGGAGAAAAACCGUACCGAUGUGAUCACGAAGGGUGCGGAAAGGUGUACACCACGGCACACCAUCUGAAGGUUCAUGAACGUGCUCACACAGGAGAGAAACCGUUUAAAUGCCGAGUUGAUGGCUGUGAUAAAGCAUUCGCUACAGGGUAUGGUCUGAAGAGUCACACACGGACCCACACGGGAGAGAAACCUUACAAAUGUCCACAUGAUGACUGCGGUAAAGCAUUUAAGACGUCAGGAGAUCUGCAGAAACAUGUGCGCACGCAUACAGGGGAAAGGCCUUUCACGUGCCCAUUCCCAGACUGUGGACGGUCCUUCACCACAUCAAACAUAAGGAAAGUACACAUGAGGACUCACACGGGUGAACGACCGUAUGUCUGCGAACACGAGGGCUGUGGACGGUCCUUUGCUAGCGCCACUAACUACAAGAAUCAUUCAAGAAUACAUACAGGAGAGCGGCCAUACAUUUGUCAAGUAAUUGGGUGUAACAAGCGCUUCACAGAGUAUUCCAGUCUGUACAAGCAUCACGUGGUCCACACCCAUAACAAGCCAUACACGUGCAAUAUCUGUAACAAGACCUACAGACAAACCUCCACGCUGGCUAAUCACAAGAGGACCGCUCAUUGCGAUAUAGCUGACGUUGAUAAUCUGGGUGAAGGUGAAUAUGACGUAGGUCACGAAGAGCCCUCAAACAAACGUCAGCGGUUGGAAUACACAGAGACUAUCUCAAGUAACCAAGCUUUCGCGCACGGUGUGCCCGUCGUGAUAGCCGACGAAGCUUCAGUAGCCGCGCUUCAAGCCAUGGACGGCAACCUGGCCGACAUUCAGCACCAAAUAGCUGAAGGUGGUCACGUGACUGGCCACAUUGCCAUUCCUGUUGCCAUAGCAUCCGAUGCUGCCAUCCAAGUGGAAGGUAGCCUCGAGCAUGCCGUGACACUAUCACAAGGGGUGCAACAGCUUAAUUCCACCCUUGCUGAUAGCACAGGACACGAGCUGGACAUGUCGUCAGUGCAGGUUGUCUCCGCACCGCAGACAGUGGUAGUGACGUCGCUAGAGGCCGUAACGGGGGCAGGUCAACAUUCGGAGACUGUGGUCGUGACCUCUUUAGAUGGGGUGACGACGACUGCUAGAAGAACGCAUGAUGGGUUUACCAUUGUCACGGUGCCUUCUCAAGGAGGAGCACUGAGUAUUGGUGAGCAGGAAAAAGUGCAAGGAGGGGAAGAAGACGACGAAGCUCAGAAUGAUGGGCAGACAGCAACCGAGGAUGACUCAGGGGUACUGCAAUCCCACGAGCCUACUUUGAAUGCUGCUAAGGCUGCACUGGAUGCUGUGCUGGCCUCACAGCUGCAACAGAAUGACGUCAUCAACAGCGACGACCCUGAUUCAGCUUCAAACGCAGGGACCACCCCUAUGACUACUGCCGUGGCUUAUCAGGCGUGAAACAACCAAUAAAAAUUCGUUUUGGUGUUCACAACAUUAGCUUUCAAAUGGUUUGCGUAGUGGUGCAGUGGAUCUGUUAUUAUGCCUGACAGCCAUUAGUGUGAAAUAUUUUGUAGUCAUUUUUGUUUAUUAUUUAACUUAUUUUUCCUUUUGGCGUAUUUUACAUCUCAGUCGAGUGUCGACUUUUCUUUCUAUUUUACUUUUCUUCUGGUGGCAAAAUAGCUAACGUUUAUUCCAAGGAAGGAAAAAACAAUUAGAAAUUGUGGACAUGUAAAUAAAAAAAUCUGCAAAACUU